AUGAUUAAGAUAACAGAUUAUUAAUGGAAACUUUGAUCAAGAGGCCAAAGUAGGAUGUUUGGUGGUGACCGUGAUCCCAUUUAUGAACUACAUUCCGUAUUCACGACGUAAUCUCCAUUUCCACUAUGUUGUUAAAGAUAACUCCACUUUCCCUAUAAUCAAACAAUAAUAUCGUUAAGGUUACCCCUUUUCUUCUGAAUCGAAACGAGGCAAGGGAUCUAUGUCGAGGAGUGUGGAAGGUCCUGAGGGUCAAAUCGAUUUGAACAAUGUGACGGAUCUGAAUUUAAACUGCAAUGAAAACGACACUUUCGCUGUCGUUUCGUCGGUUUUAUUUGUUUUGUAUCUGGCGGUGAAGGCCAAAAAGAACAUCAACAAGCUAUGUAAUGGAGGUUCCUAUAUUAUCAUUUCCUAUUAUGCCCUUCUCUGGAUUGUUACCCUUUUAAACCUCGCCUGCUCUUUUCUUCAGGCAUGGCAGUGUUCUCCUGGAAAGGAGGUUCCAUGGAAUAUUUUGUCAUUGUUUACGGCUUCAGGUAUGCUGUAUCUAGAGAUAAGCUUGAUGAUUUUCUUACUAAACGAUAACUACAUGAAUGCCAUGGAAACUCUAGCAUACACUUCAAUUGUGUCGGGAAUUAUUGUCUCUGUGGAUGCCCUUCUUAAGGCAAUAUAUGUUUUUGGAUUUGGGGUUCCAUUGUUCAAUCGCAAUGUUGGAAGCAGUCAUACAGUCAAGUGGGGUUUGUGGAUAGUACAUACCUUAUUGCUUGCUGCAGCAUAUGGCUUCAUUUUAUUUGUACAUUUCUCUAAAUGGAGAGAAAAGUUGCCUCCCAGGCCAACUUUCUACAACUAUGUUGUCAUAAUGUUUAUAUUCAGUGCAACUACCCUAUUUGCUUGUGGGAUGGCAGGAUUUGGUGCAAGCCUCGGCAAUUGGUUGUAUGAUUUUACUGUGCUAUGUUAUCACUCUUUAUAUCUUCCAUUUCUCUACCUAACUUUUCUGGCUGAUUUUUUCCAAGAGGAAGACUUCCUUUUGGAUAACGCAUAUUAUUCUGAGAUGAAAGAUGCUGGAUUCUUUGAUGCUGACUGGGAAUAAUUCCUGAACAAUUUGUAUAUGGAAGGGAGGGACACUGUAAAUAUUUAUACUUCGUAAUUCCUAACUAUGUCAAAUGAAACUAGGCUUCAUCAUCAUCUUGAUUAAAUGUUCCAUUUGUAUGACGACACAAUGACACUACUGUAAAAUGCUGCUAAAGAUACUAUGGUUUUGAAAUCCACCACAUUGAGAUUUCUUGAUGUA